UCAGUUAUUGUAACAAAAAUGUAUUUCUUUAUUUAUCUAUAUAAUUGUAUACGUCUGUGUUUUACUGACAAAACGCAAUAAUUUUUGUAUCAAGAUUUUUCCCCGUUAUUACUAAUAGAUUUGGAAAUCCUCUUCCAAAAUUAAAAUAUUCGCAUUAAUACUAGUCUGAUACUUGGCGAGUUUGCGCCGAGAGCGAAAAAAAUUUUCAUUUCUUGUCGUCUGUGACGUCUACAAUAGCUGGUCAAGUCGAGAUCGCGUUUCGGUCGUUGACACAACGCCCUGAUCGUUCUAGGUUCGGCUGCGCGGCCGAAGAUGUCACUACCUUGACGCUUCGAGGCGGCGCGGCGCGGCGUCGCGUUCUCGAUAACAAUCGAUCGGUCUCGCGUUUCGAAUAAUCGGAUAAAUUUAGCUAAUAUGUCGGUUAUAGUUAUGUAGUAUAAGAAUAUUAAAUUGAAAUUCAAAUGACUAUCAAAUCUUUUCAAUUACAUAAUUAUAUAAUUAGUUCAAAAACUGUUAAAUUUAUACAAAACACAAUUUAAUUCAUAUACAAAAUUUAAUUUAUUCUCAUACAGCACAGAUCAUUGUAGCAACAUUGCAAUGUUCCAGCAAUAUUGUAGCAAUAUUGCAAUCUUGCAGCAAUGCUGCAAGGCUGUAAGUUUUUAUGCUGUAUGGAUUUAUGUCAUUUAACUAUGAGCAGUGUAAAAGUAUAAUUAAUUAGAUAAAAUUAUCUGCAAUUGUCUGCGCGCGUCUGUCCAAUCUUUUCAAUUACACUUCAAAAUAUUCAUGCGAAGUGUAAACGACUUUACAAGGAAAUUAUUUAAAAAAAUCAAUUAAUUGCAGUCCGUUAAGGUCAUAUAAUAUAUAUAUAAAUGUUUCGAACGACUUUGAUCAGCAAUUGUCUUAUUAUUGAACGGCCACUUGAAAAAUGUAUGUCUCGACACCGAUACCUACAUUUACACAAUGAUACACGCGCACGUCUUGUGCACCGAGAUUCGUCAUUUCCGCCGCGAGAUUUCUCGUGGCGUUCAAUAAUGCGCGCCGGAACGUGUCUGCCGUAUAUAUACGUAUAUAUAUUUACGGUGUUUACAAUCAUUCUCGCGAGUGAAUCGCUCGACAAUUUAGGAGGAUUAUUAACUAUCAGGAAUUAUUUCUCCGCCGCUCUUUUCUCUAGCUCGUCUCGAACGAUGAGUAAUUACAAGCGAUGUUAUCUUAUCGCUACACACUUUGUUAUCAUACAUGAAGCGUCAGAUACGGGUCGCACCGAUCUCAGUCGUCGCCGUCGGGAAAGCUUAGAAAAUCGCGAGGCCUUCUUCGCUAACGAUGGAUCUCCGAUUGUUGGUGCCUCUGCUCGCGAUAAUCCUUCUCGCGAGAUGCGAAAAUCAGGGAAACGCGACCGCGGAUUCGGGCGCGAUUGAUGUUAAAGCGGACAACGUGACGUCGCAGCCAGCGAGUGUAUGUACCGUGUGCUCUUGUGCAGAGAGCUACGUGGACUGCAGUAACCGGAGCUUAGAGACGCAUUUCGAAAAGCAGCAAUGGCUGAACAUAACGGCCAAGAUAAUCUCGUUCGAGCGUAAUCAAUUGGUGCACGUCACGCCCUUCCCGCCAAUAGUUGUCGAGAGACUAAUUCUGCGAAGAAAUCGUAUCGCCAGAAUCGACUAUCGCGCCUUCAAAGAGCUCGUUAAUCUCACGGAAUUGGACUUGAGUGAUAACCAACUCACGUCGCAGAGGCUGCAGCCGCAUGUCUUCGAGGGGAAGUUCUCGCCAGAAGCGUACGAGCCUCUGUCGAACAUGGAGAUCUUGAAUCUGGCUAACAACGUACUCCACUGGUUACAUCAAAGCAUAUUCGAGCAUCUUGCUAAUCUCAAGGUGCUGAACCUGUCCGGAAAUCCAUUCGGCGUAUUCGACUAUCGUACGGCUAUCGCGAUCAGCAGUUUGUCAUACUUGGAGGAAUUGGACCUCAGUUAUUGCCAACUGGAAGACCUACCGAAUCGUCAGUUCCACAAUGCCAGACAUCUGAAGAGACUGAACCUGACCAACAAUCAGCUCACAGUUCUACCCAGGCUGGAGGAGCUCGGAAGCUUGGAGUACCUCAACUUGGAUGCCAAUCCGAUACGCGCUAUCGAUCGCGCGAAUGGCUUUCCCAACCUGACGAGGCUGCGGGAGCUCAGUCUGCGCGAGAUGCCGAAUCUGACGGUGAUCAAGAACGGCGGGUUGUCGGCGUUGACUGGCCUGGAGAUUCUCCACCUGCAGAAUUGCGACAAACUGGCAAGGAUCGAGGAGUUCGCGUUAGCGAUCGCGACCGCCGAGGGCACGAUGUGGCCGCCGCUGAGGAAGCUGAACGUGGCGUUCAACGCACUCCGGUAUCUGCCGGUGCUGCUCGUCGGGCGAUGGGACAAGCUCGAGGAAUUGCGCCUGACGGGCAACCAGUGGAGCUGCGAUUGCGGUAAUCAAUAUCUGAUCGGGACCUUGCUGCCGGAAUACGGCGAGGCGCUGAUGGGCGACGAGGCCGACGGGCUCACCUGCUCCGCGCCGCCGGAACACGCGGGGAAGAAGCUCGCGUCCUUGGCCGAUCGACACCUGCGCUGCUUGGAUCUGUACAACGCGAGACCGGAGAAGGACGCCGCGAUCCUCGUGGGGGUGCUCAUCGGUCUGCUCAUCGCGAUCCCGAUCGGCAUGGCGUUCUUCGUCCUCUGGCGGCGCGGCUUCUUCUUCUGCGGGUCGCAGGGUCCGGCCACCUUCUCCCGCGCCUUUUACAAACGCGCAGCCAACGACGAUGACAUUUAAUUACAUAUAUAUACUUGUGUGUAUUUGCAUAUAUAUUUUUUGUUAAAUGCAAUUAAUUGUGUUGUCUUUUUGCUACGCUUUUUAACAUUGACUCUGCUGUUCUGUUCAAGUUUACUAUACAAUCGUAUCGUUUGAGUCAAUAUCAAAAGGCUCUGAGAAAUCAAAAUGAAAAAUUUUCACAGGAGAAAGUGCUUACAUUAGACGGAAUCAUCAAACGUCAGAAAAAAAGCUUCUAAAUAAAAUAUUAGCAAGAAAAUGAACAACUAAUUUUGGGGACAAUAGAUCUGGACGGACAGCAGAAUUUAAGCAAAUAUCGAAAAAAUAAAAUACAAAAGGAUAUAAUUAUUUAGAUUACAGCAGAUUCCGCAAUGUCGGAUGACGCAUCGGAUGUAUCUAGUCUAAGCUUCGUCAAAUAUACGCGUAGCGUAUAUAUAUAUCUUUUGUACGUUUUGUUAAGAUAUCGUAAAGCGCCGUCGUAUCGGUCGCGCGAGCAAGUUUAUAGAUGUACACAUUUCUCUGUUCGGAUAAGCGCAUCAAUGUGAAACGCAGCCCGUCGAGUUCAGGCUGCGCGCAGCAUGCAUGUAUUUUAUGACGCUCCGCAAUAAACAAACUUGAAAAUUAAA